UUCGCCGCCUUCUGCUACAUGCUGGCGCUGCUGCUCACCGCCGCCCUCAUCUUCUUCGCCAUCUGGCAUAUAAUAGCAUUUGAUGAACUGAAGACUGAUUACAAGAAUCCCAUAGACCAAUGUAAUACACUGAAUCCUCUUGUACUUCCAGAGUACCUCAUCCAUGCAUUCUUCUGUGUUAUGUUUCUCUGUGCGGCAGAGUGGCUUACUUUGGGUCUCAAUAUGCCUUUGUUGGCUUACCAUAUUUGGAGGUACAUGAGUAGACCUGUGAUGAGUGGACCAGGUCUAUAUGAUCCUACAACAAUCAUGAAUGCAGAUAUUUUAGCCUACUGUCAGAAGGAAGGAUGGUGCAAACUAGCAUUUUACCUUCUAUCAUUUUUUUACUACCUAUAUGGCAUGAUUUAUGUUUUGGUGAGCUCUUAAGAAGAAACUUGGCAAACUUUGUUCCAGUUAAGUGCAUGCAAAAGCCACGAAACAAAAGGAUUCUUCCCAGCAAGAACCCAUUACCAAGAUUUAACUAUGGAAUCCAGUGAUCCCAGCUGUAUUAGGAAAAACAAAAUGACUCCCCCAUUUUUAAAACGUUUCCACACUUUCUUCUUGUGGAAAGACUGUUUUCUUAUAUUUUCCUGGGAUGCUGAAAUUAAAAAGAAUUAGGUGUAAAUUAGUAUAAAACAAUUACCUCCUGGUUUUGAGCAGUUUUGACUUUGCACUCCGUAAGGAACAGCCAUAAUUCUUCAAAUAGCUAUUAAUUACUGACUGUCCUUAGUAUUCUAGGAUUUUUUGUUUACUGGACCCUUGUAGUGGCUCAUUUUGGACUUAACAGCUCCACCUAACUAUAAAUCAGCUGUAGAUAUCAAGUGCUUCUGAAGGACUGAAAGCUUUGUGUAUGUUAUCUGUAGGUAACCUCACUCUCUUCUAGACGAAUACCUGGAGACACUUGCAGAAAGAGUAGUUCUAUUUUUUACUAUUUGGAUAAUCUUUCCCUGUAUAUGCAUGGUUCAGAAAUUUCCUGUCUUUCCACCAAAUACUAACUGUCCUUGCUUUAAUUUUCAAGCAUCCGUCCUUGUGAUAGGACAAAUUAUGACUUGCCUGGGAGGGAAUGCCUUUUGGCGAUUUUCUAUUUUAAAUGUUUGUGCAACAGUCUUAACAAAUUGGCUCAUCCACAACAGCAUUGAUCAAGUCCAGUGGUAAAAUACUCCUGUGACUUCUCAACAGACAUUUCCAAGACACAAAGUGAGUUUGUGAAACUGCCCUGCUGUUCCGUAGUGCAAUCAAUAAAAUAUCUCAAAUUCAGAAUUUUUUUUUUCUUCAGUGCCUUGGUUUGAAAAAAAUGAGUUGCAUAUUGAAUUCCUCUGCUUAAUUCAUGCCAGCUAAUGACAUUGCAAUCUUUACAUUUAAUAUACAAUUGGAAAGAGAUAUUUUAUGGAAAAUGAAACUGCUGAUUUAUAAGCUUGUUUCCUGGACUUUGCGUUGGCCUGCAUGUAGACAGUCUUAGUGCAGAGGUGUGGAGAAUAGCUGUUUCAUAUACGUUGAUAGUAUGUCACAGUUCCUCUUGCUGUGUGCCAGCAGUUAAUUUAGCCUGAGCAGCUCCAAAAUCUUGCCCACUUCUUCUACUUGAUCUUAAGGUUACAGGACAGGGAAAUGUCACUAGUUUUAUUAAAACAUGUUUACAGAGGCUGGCACGUGUCCCUUUUGCUGUUGCGGGCCAGAUUCCUGUGUGCAGUCUAGCUUGCAAGCUGACUGUCGAAUCGGGAUGGAUCCCCUUCAGUGGUGGAAGUGGCUUCUCUCCUUACCUCCACAACGGGAUCUUGGCCUGUGCUGUGCUGAUCUCCCAAUUUCUGCUUUGGUUUCAUGAAACCGGCAGCUGGUAGAAUCAAGACCAUCUUUUAAUGAGCGCAUCGCCCCAGCGCACAGCCCAAGCGACCAAGAGGAUAAAAAUUAGCAGGAUGUGCCCACAAACCAUUCCACCCCCCCUUGAUCUGUGCUGCUUCAGCUGUAGUUAAGGAGAUGGAUCUGUGUUUUCUUCUGUUUCACGUAGGACCGAGGAAGCUGUCAGCAAAAUGCAGAUUGUCUUCUUACAGUCUGGAAUAAAAGAAUCUGAGCACGCUCAUAAAUAUACCGUU